AUGAAACCAGAAACUUUAGUUAUGAAAAUAAUAGAAGCUGUUGAAACAGAUUCCCCAACUGUAAUAACUUUCAACGGUAAAAAAAUCAACAUAACUAAAAAACUUAUUGAUAAAUACAAAUAUUGUAAAGUCAGAGACGAUAUAGAUUUAGAAAGAAUUGAUACAAAUGUAAAAAAAGGUGGAUUUAUAUUUUCCUUACCUUUAAUAUUUGCUGGUAUUACCGCGGCGGCUACAGUCGCUGGUGUUACAGCUGAUGGAGUCAAAGCUGUUAACGCAAAGAAAGCAGCUGGUGCUAAAGCCGCUGAAGAACGUAGACAUAAUUUAAAAAUGGAAAAGUUGGCCAAAGGUUCAGGAGUGGGAGAAAUGAUAGGCACAAUGAAAGAAUUUGGAAAAAGAUUUAGUGAAGAAACCAAGAAAACUGUUAAACAAGGAUUAAAUAAAUUAGUAGAUAGUAUUGACACAGGGGAAAUCAAAGUCAAACAUAAGGGUAAUGGAAUAUUUUUAAAAAAUAUACACACUGAAGAAGGAAUAUAUCUUUCGAAGUAUAAAGGAGAAGGAGUUAUUUUUGGAACAAAUUGA